UGUACGCGCUGGUUUAGACAAGCAGUAUGGCGGAAGAAGAGAGUGAAUUGGAGUUAGACAGGUUUAAGAAAGAACUGGAGACUUUGUUAAAGACUAGAGCAAACGACGAACGCGGACUUCAGAGCAAGACGUACUGUGGAAGGUUUUGCGAGUUGGUGGUGGAGCAAACCGGGCGAUGGCAAGUGCCUCUUCCCCAACUCCAGGUGUUGCGGAGUGCCCUGUGCUCUUUUGUCCAGGGUGUGGCAUCCUUUCCUCCAGAGUGUGAGCAUGUACGCUACACACUGAGUAGUCUGGUCCUGAGUAUCUUUGAACUGCUGUUGUUCUUUGGAAAAGAUGAAUUCAUCGAGCAUCCUUUAAAAGAUAUUCUAGACUCAUUCCAGGACUGCUAUGCGAGCCUGGUAAGACACCAGAAUGUUUACCUUCUGCAGGUUAGGCAUAUUAUUAAAGAUGGAGGGCCUUGGGCAAACCCUGUACUUCAGGCCAUUCUCAAGGAUUCAGAGCUACCACAAGAAGAUGUGGACAAGUAUCUGAGUUCAGAAGUAUCCAUUUUCUUUGAGCUGCGUUUGCGAUACCUGGUGGCAUGUGAGAGGCUUCCGGAGGCCUUGGCACUGACAAGGAGAUGCAUCCGGCACUCUGUUGUAGGGAGGCAUCUCUAUUUCAAGCAAGCCUACCUCAUCUGCCUUCGGAGAGCUUCUCUUUGUGAGCGCUUGUACAAGGAGAUGGCAGAUAUCGAUGGGAAGGAUGCUGUAGAGAUACUCUGCAUGAUGGAGAAUGAAGAGAAAGCUGAGACUGUUUUGAUGCUGAGUAAAGGCUUCCUAUCUCAGAAGCUCCAGAUUGGAGACAUGUACUACCUUUGGGAUUUGGUCUUCAUAUGGAGCAGACUCUACUUGCGGUUGAACCUUUCUAAACAGAACUUCCUAGAGGAAUGCAAAGUAAUGAUAUUGUCAGUCACCAACAUAAAAGCGAUUUUCCCAUUUAUGAAGGUGAUUUUGGCAGAGCUUGGAAAAGAUGGCCUGGGGAUUUGUGUGGAGCUUUGUGCACGAGCCUUGCAGACUGACCUUAAGAAUGAUCCAGUCACCAAGUCCCUCAUCUACAAAACCAUUGCAUACCUACUUCCUAAUGACCUUGAGGUCUGUAGGGCUUGUGCGCUGCUAGUUUUCUUCCAAGAGAGAACUGUUGAGUCAUACAAGAAUGUGUUCCUCCUAUAUACUCACCCUGAUCAAGAGUACCAUGCAUACACCAGUCUUGUGGGUAACAGUGUACGCUUUGAGGUUCUCCAGAUCCUGAAAAAAGACCUGUACUUUGACCCUGAGUUCUGGAGCAUUAUCAAUAUCGAGACAAACUGUCUGAAGCUAAUGAGUGAUAAGGUCGGUAAAGCAGCCUUAUGUGAAAUCAUGCAAAAGGACAAGUGGAUUCCAAGUUACUGUAUGAAAGGAUAUUGUCAGUGUCACGCAGACAACACAGACAGGACUAUUAAUAAAGCAGAGAAACAUACAAACCGAAAUGACCAGGAAGCAGAGUCAUUGAAAACAUGGGUUAAUUCUGCCUCAGAGGAAGCAUCCUCCAAACCUCCAGGCAAAAGGCGGGGGAGGAAGCCAGGGACACAUCUUGUUAAAGAUUCAGAGGCCUCUCCAGUUCGACGUUCAUUUAGGCAAUUGGACCUGGCAAAGAAUCACACCAGGCAACUUAAUAGCAGGCGUCAGAGACUACUUUCCCGACAGACAGAGAUGAACACUCUGAAACGCAAGGGCAGGAAACCACAAUGGCUUUUGGACCAGUUAGCUGCCCAAGCAGAAAACGGUGAACCUCGACAGGCCAAGAAACCAGGAAGGAAACCAAAGCGGUCAAAUAUUUUGACGGAGAUUUCACUUGAGACAGCAAUCAGUGAAGUCACAAUGAAAUUUUCAUAUCCUGAUAAUGAAGUUGACCUCUCUUCUGAUGUUCAGGCCUCACUGUUUUCCACAGAGACCCCUAAUAUCUCUGAAAGCAGUACUAACAAAAUUCAAGAGAUUUUGAAAUGGCCUGACAGUAAUGCGUCUCUUAUUGAGUUACUAUCAGCAGAAUCUACUCCAUGUAGCAAAAAAGACUUCAAGGUGCGGGAGGAGAUUGUUUUCUGGGAACAAGGCCUUUCUAUGGUUCGAAAAUUCCACACAUAUUCAAGACAAGCUGAAUUGGAAGGAAUAUCAGUUGACCGUUUACACCGAGAUAAAGAAUUUAAUCUGGACCAUAAUGAAUCCAAACAAGAACCACAGUCUGCUGAGCAACAGUUUGAACCAACAGAGAGCCUGGGAGCUGCAACACAGGAUAAAAAUGUAGUGGAACGCAUGGCUACACCAAUCCCAGCUGUAAAUGUGGAAACAUCCACUCCAGUUGAAGCUAUUCUUGAGCCAGUUAAAGAAUUAAUUGAAGAUCCAAAAGUAAAUAGUGAGUUAUCAAUUCCCCAAGAUGCAGACACUAAAUAUCCAGACUAUGGUCCUUACAGUCCUAUUAGUCCUGCAGAAAAUAUUAAUGUUGAUCUUUUAUCAGAAGUGACAACUGACACCAGAGCCGACACCAUUCCUGUACCUCAUAGUACGCCAGCAAACAUGACGGUUCUUCAUGAGCAUGCUCCUCCAGUUCUUACUAAAGAGACAAUGCUCCCUGAUGAAACAGUGGCUACUUUUAGUGAAACUGAGAUUGACACUCUUGACACUAAAAUUGUGCCUGAGAGGAUGGAGGUGCCAGUGGUGCCAUCAAGACCUGAGGAGACAUCACCAGAUAUGCAUGCAGCUGUUGAUGGUAUAGUCUCUGACCAUAUCCCCGCAAGUGAUGCAAGUUGCCAGCUUUCAGUUACCUGCAGCCUUUGCAAUAAAGAAACCAAAAACCCACACAUUCUACGGCAUGCACUGUGGCAUCACCGAAUUGACAGAAAGUGCAUGUUCUGUCACAAACGUUACACUCAUGGGCGCAGCCCAUCAAUCCAUUUUAAAGUGCACAUUCAGGAACUGAAAAAGUCUAAUGGGCUUUUUACUGAAACUGUUUGUGAGAAUACCACAGAGGCCGCCUCACAAUGUGUCGAGAAGAGACUGUUUAAACGUGUGAAGAAUAAGUUUAGAAACCUCAAAAUGAGGUUAAACUGCAGUUUGAACAUCACAGAUUUGCACAAGGAAGGGCAAAGCACAGAGCCUAAGGUUAGAUUGCGGACAAGGUUGGUCAAGAAUUCAGAUCCCCCAAGUACAUCGGAUGAACAAAAGGAGAAGGCUUGCAAGAUGAAGACAAAAUGUCUAAGGAGGGUUUUAGCUAAGAGAUCUCAGCCCACAGAUGAGAACAAAAAGUUUUUCAAUAUGAAACUAGCAAGGAAGAGACCAAAGGCUAUGCACGCACAAACUCCAGAGGACAAACAGUUGGAUUCCAAUGGGAAUUCAGCUCAUAGGGUAAAUGGAGUGAUCAGAAAGAAAAGGAAAGUUAAGAGUGUGCCUGAGACAAAUACCUCAAAUGAAAAUAAUCAGACAUCAUUACCACAAGAUAACAAAGAGAAAAUUGAGACAUUACCACAGGACAACAAAGAGAAAAUUGAGACAUUACCACAGGACAACAAAGAGAAAAUUGAAAAUCCAGAAUGUGCAGAAAGUCAGAAAGACAAUGUCAAGACUGAAUCUAAGAAUGUAGGACUAAGAAAAGACAAGAGCAAAUCAAAAAUUAAAAGAAAAGAUGAAAUUGUGAACUCUAGGCUAAAAAAGAAGAAGAUUACUCCUGGAGACCAAAAAGAGGAUGGAGAAGCUAUAAAAAGGAGGAAGAUGACAAAUAGUCCAGAAGACAGUUCUGAGAACCAGGAACCCAUAGACAAUAAUACAGAAUUUAAGGAAAUUAAUGUGGUGGGGUAUAAAAAUGGGACUCAGACAAAGUCCAAACAGCCUUCCACGCCAUUCCAGGGAAAAAGAACUGGUGCAUCUACGCAUGUUAGAUGCCCUGUUGAGAUUUGUACAUUUAGUGCCAAGUCAAUCCUUGUCCUUUCACAUGUGCUGUCACACCACCAUGGCGACAAGAAAGCGCUUCUGUUCUUUUUCAAUUUUGGAAAGGAAAAAUGUCUUUUCUGUUGCAGAAAGAUAUAUAAUCCCCAGCAUUUUUUUGACCAUGUGAUAUGCCACAGAGGUGAGCUGAAGUUCCCAUGCUACCAUUACGGCUGCAAGGAAAGGUACCAAACACGUACAGAACUGAGCGAGCACAUUCUAGUCCAUCAUCCAUUGAGAGCGAUGUGCUGCUUUCCUGGUUGCUCAAUGCAAGCUGAGACUAUUUUGCUCCUUUAUAAGCAUGAAAAAACACAUUAUCGGCUUGAUGCAAAUUUGGAAAUAAAUGCAUUCCCCAAAGAUUCUGAACCAACAGGGCAUGGAUCCCUUCAAAUUCUGGAAGGUAGUAUGGAGGCAGUAGCAAAUUCUUCAGUCAGUCAACCGAUUCAGGGUGCAGCCAAGUGGAAGGGCCCUACAUCUGCAAAUCAAGAUGAUGAUGGAAAGCCCUUGGUCCUCAAUAAAAGUUCUGUUAGCUACAGUAGCAAGAACCCUAGCCUUGUUAAUGGGAAUAGUGAGAGUAACAAAGAAGUUUCUGCCAAAACUUCAGAUCCAGUCAUUAAAGAGCAGGAACCACUCGUUUCAGGAAAACCUGCAAAUAAACAAUUCAUUCGACCCCUUCCCUCAGCUUAUCUAGAUGAGUCGUACAUUAGCAUGCCAAAACGCUGGAAGGAACCCCAGGUGGGCUCAAAGUUAUUGGGCUCAGUGUCAAAGCCAGUAAAACUUCCUACCAGGCAACGUUGCUCUCGAUGUUUUGAAUCUUUCAACAGUGAGGAAGAGCUGCAAACACACAAGGACAAAUGCACAUCCCUCUUUGGUUUUGAUUCGGAUGAUGAGAGUGCUACAUGAAGAGAAGCAGGUCUUUCUACUGGGAAAACUGAUAAAUGCUGCUGUAGGCAAUCAGCGUUCCUACAUGUGUGCUUAACAUCUUCGUCACCAUCUCAAAACUGAACUAUAUUGAGAUCCACAUGGGAAACGAGUUAUGCCUCCUUGUAGUCUUGUAUGACCGAUCAGCUGCUUUAUUUUAGAGCAUAGGUCUGUUAUCUCUUGUUAAAAGUUCUGAUGUUGAAAAUCGUUUAUUUUUA